AUGGCGGGUAAAAUGACCUUAUAUAAACUCGUGGUGCUGGGAGAUGGCGGUGUUGGGAAAACAGCCCUUACCAUACAGCAGUUAUGUCUCAACCAUUUCGUGGAGAGCUACGAUCCUACUAUCGAGGACUCUUAUCGCAAACAGGUCAUGAUAGACCAACAGGCGUGCAUGCUGGAAGUCUUAGAUACUGCCGGCCAGGAAGAAUACACCGCUCUUCGCGAUCAGUGGAUUCGAGACGGCGAAGGCUUCAUCCUGGUGUACAGCAUUACUUCGAGAAACUCGUUCACCAGGAUACAAAAGUUUCAUGCGCAAGUACAGCGGGUCAAAGAAUCGGGACAUCCCAACUCGCCCACCGGAGCGAAUUAUCUUCCCGCACAGAUGGCUGGAUCGGCCAUGUACGCCGGCCCUGUGCCAGUCAUGCUGGUCGGCAACAAAAGUGAUAAGCACCAUGAACGCGAGGUGUCCUCUCAAGAGGGCCAGGCACUGGCGAGAGAGUUGGGGUGUGAAUUCGUCGAGGCAUCUGCCAAGAACUGCAUCAACGUGGAAAAGGCAUUCUAUGAUGUUGUUCGGCAACUGAGAAGACAACGACAAUUCCCCGUGAAACAGAUCGAUCGCAAAGCGACCAACUACGCAUCUUCUCCCGGCCUGCGGAACAAUUACGAUACAGAUCACCAACGAAUCUAUCGCGAACAUAGUAAGAAGCGAAGCAGCAAGUGCGUGAUUUUAUGA